GACAAUAGUUGCGGGAAAACUGAAGCCAGUGACGCCCAUGUUGAAACCACAAAGCUUAAAGAAGGCACGAAAUCACUAUGGAAACCCCGAAGGCUACAGAUGUCAAAAAGGGGAUUUCACUUCUUUGGGAGACUCUGCAGUGUCCGAUAUGCUUGGAAUUACUGACUGCACCUGUAUCCACUAAGUGUGACCAUCAGUUCUGCAAAUUCUGUAUGACGAAACUUUUGGAUAACUCGAAACAAAACAGGGCCAGCUGUCCAGUGUGUAAAGCCAAGAUAACCAGAAGGAGCUUGCAGGAGAGUCCUGGAUUUCAGAGACUUGUAGCAGGACUGCAAGAUAUGAUAAAAGCUUAUGAACAUGACACUGGCACAAACUAUUUUACUGGACUGUCUUGGCCAUUUAAAGACUCAGAUAGCACGCAGGCUGAAACGGCUCAUGAUGGAUCUUCUGGAGACACGUGUGACGCUGACCUCGACCACGAGAAACAUUCCGACCACAAUAAUCUUUCGCAGUCCCAGUCGUCUACUAUAGCAGCCCAGAAUGGAUUUGCUAAACUGAUGGGAUUUGAGGAAUUGCCUCCUUCAUUGACUGAAAACGAAGGGCUGGACAGCGGCCUGGGCGACGCGCCGCCAACCUCCGACAAAAAAAUAUCCAGCCCUGCAGAUGACGUGGAACCAGUGCAAUUCGAUGCGUCGCAGGAUGUGGAAGAGGCGGCGUCGACACACAAAGGAGGCUUUGACGAAAGCCUGAGUUUAUCACCAGUUCCAGAUGAAAACGAACCUAAUUCCUGGAGAAAGAAGCAGAAAAAGAAGUCGAAGAUUCUUAAGCAGAAAAAGAAGAAAAGUUUAGAAAAAGUGGCUGAAUGGCUCAUGACGGUUCCAACCGACGGGACUCUGGAGUUGGAGGAACUGGAGAAAAACGGAGACGACUCUGAUAGUUGUUCCUCCUCCUCAACUAUUGACAUUAAGCAACACAUUAAUGACAUGACUCUAAAGAGAGAAAAUCAAACUAAAGCUCUGGAAGAACGGGUGUUUGGAGUCACUUAUACUCGGAGAUCGAGCAGGAUUGUUCCAGCUCCUCCCAACAGUGUCGCCGAACCUUCAUUAACCAGAGAGACUCAGGCUGAUGAAAGGAAAGAAAACUGUCCUGAUGACACUACAAACGGAUGGCACGAAGUGGGAGAAGCAACAAAUGACACCGGCAGCGACUUUUUUAAAGAGGCAGGGCAGAUGGAGGUUAGAGAGGGAAAUGAUACAUGUGUCGAGGAGCUGAAUGAGCCUGGAGGUGAAGGAAAUAAAGACGAACCGGAUUCCGAGUCUGGACCGAAGACGAGGAAAAGGACUCGUAGCGCUCUGCAGCAGGUGGACAGUGAUUUAAAAGGGCAAGAGCAAAAGAAACCUGACAGGAGGAAGGGUAGAAUCACAACGUCGGGCAGAGUGCAAAAGCCUCUGGUUCUGGUUGGAGUCCAGGAGGGAGAGAGCAGUCCUCAGCCGAGAGCACGACCCGAAGAAGCUCAGCUGCAGAUCGAGAGUUACCCCAGCAGUGAGGACCAAGACGUUUCUCUGUUGAGGAGCACCAGGAGGAGCAGAAGACUGGAGGUCUUUGCUGAGCAAGUCCAGGGGGGGCAGAGGAAGGCGAGCCCGACGGAGAAAACGUCUGGGCGAGACGGUGUUACGAAGCAAAGUGACGCAGCUCAGGUUCAGGAUGUGAAGAAGCCGGGAGCCGCCAAGAGGAAUGGAUGUGUCUAUCACCAAGAUAUAACAGAAAUCGAAAACAUAUCCAAAUCAGUCAAAGAUCACCAGGGUUCAGUUGAAAUGGGGUCGAAUCCCGAACGUCCGGAGGUCAGUCCGGCUCCCAGCGUCUCCGUGGUCCCAGAGUCUACGAGCCUAAACAAUGCAGAUGUGGUAGAGCCGACCGAUCAUUCCCUGAGGGAAACCCAGCUGGAAACCUCUGCAGCUGAUGAUGAAGAGGAGCAGAACGACUGUGAGGUGAACACCGAGCAACUGAUGAAGAGCUUCAAAGCCACCAAGAGGAAAUCCUUCCAUCUGGGGUGUGCCGAUGCGAAAAAGAGACGUCCCCCAGACCAAGACGAAGAGAAGCAUCAAGUUAGUUCUGGUGACUCUGAAGCCAACCGGGAGGCUUUGAGAGACACUGAGAAGUCAACAGGCAGCGAUUUGAUCUCCCCGUCCAUCUCACCCAUCCAGAUGAAAAAGACGGUUUCUGGAAAUCUAGAUGAGGUGACAGUGGAAGGUUUGAUCCCUGAUGGCAGCUGCUCAGGUCAGGAAAGUCUCAGCAGUGGAGCCCUUCCUCCAAACCAAGUGCCAAGAAGCAAUGUGGAAAGUCUGCACGUCUCCUUUGUCCCGCAAGUCAUCGAUUCAGGACUCCGCUUCACAGCCGUGGAACACGAAGACGUGGACCAAACCUCGAGGUUCUCCCACGUCACGGAGAGUCAGCUCAGCUGUGAGGUGAAGGACGGCGGAAAAGGGAAACGGAGGAAAGACUCAUCCGCUGAGCAGCUUUCAGCCGACACGAACGAGCACGGUUUAUUCCCAGAGUCCUCUUUGACCCCCGAUGGUUUGAUGCCUCCAGACGCCCAGAACGUCCAGGAAGCAAGCGGCGAGGUGAGCAGUCAUUCCUCCGUCCCGAUCAGCAGGAGGAAGAGACGGGCUCAGACUCUGGAGUCCUCGGGGUCUGACACCAGCGGUUCCAACGAGGACUUACCCAGUUUGGCUCAGAUUUUUGGAACCUCAGCUUGCCCCCCUGCGGAUCAUCAGGAUCCGGGAGAAGGAAAUGCCGGCGAGGGUGCAGCAGAGCCGCUGAACCGCCCCUCUCCGUGCCCCAGCCCCGACUGCAUCAGUCCCAGCCAGGGAUCUGUGGAUUUGUUCGGCACCCCAGACGAGUCCGAUGCUCCUGCUCACAACGUCGAGGUUUCCAUGGAGUCGUCUCAGUUCUCCAGCGAAGUCCUUGUUACACAGCAAAAGCUGGAGAUGCAGAAGGAGCUGGUGAGGCUGGAGAAGCUGAUGGCUCUGGUGUCCGAGGUGCUCCAGGAGAAGGAGGGCAGCCCCCCGAAAGACGCCCCCCCAGACACCCGUCAGUGCAGCAGAGCUUCAGACGCAGAACCGCCGAAGCCUCCUCAGUGCAGCCAGGACGGAGGCCACGGCUCCGGCAGGAAAAAUGUCCCCGAUGCAGAAGGAGACUCACAUCCUGGACCUUCAGGUGUCAAACGGGCCGAGCCGGCGCCGCCAAAGCCUGAUGGCGUUACAGAGAUGGUUCAGCACACCGGAUCGAGUGUGAAAACCUCCAAGACUCUCACCUCGACGGCGAAACCCCAGAAGAGCGGCGCCUCGUCGUCAGACGAGCAGGAAAACAAAGAAAACAACAGUCCUCCGAAGGACGACUGCAGGUCCAAGCUGGUGCUGGUGUCGUCUGGACUGGGCUCCAGUGAGCAGAUGAUGGUGAAGAAGUUUGCCAGGACGGUUGGUGCCCGCCUGGUUCCACGUGUGACGCCGGAAGUCACGCAUGUCGUCAUGGGCACGGACGAACAACUGGUGUGUGAGCGAACGCUGAAAUACUUCCUGGGCAUCGCGGGCAGGAAGUGGGUGGUGAGCCUCCACUGGAUUUCUGAGUGCUUCAAACAGAGGAAGCUCUUGGAUGAGGGUCCGUUCGAGGUGAGAGGGGACGCGGUGAACGGAGCGAACCACCGGGGCCCCUCCAGAGCUCGAGCCACUCCGGACAGCAACCUGCUCAUGAAGGGCUUCAGGAUCUGCUUCCAGGGGUCUUUCACCGACAUGACGACAGAUGAGUUGGAGUGGAUGGUGGAGCUGUGCGGGGCGGACGUGGUGAAGGACCCGCUGCUCCUCGACGGUAAACAGAAGUCCCAUCAGCUGGUCAUCGUUCAGCACAGAUUGGACGCUUCGUCCAGAUCCUAUCUCUCCAGACACGCCACGGUCGUGACCCGCAGUUGGCUGCUGGACUCGGUUUCAACUUACAGCCUCCAGAACCCAAGCAGCUACAGCGCAUGAGGCCAGGAGGCGCCGCCGUCCCCUCAUCGCCGCCGUCGCCUCAUCGCCGCCGUCGCCUCUUAACGUCCAGCUCUUCAACCUGUCUCUGUCUUUUCUCUGUAUAGUGAUGCGAAUAAAGUUCAGU